AUGUUGGCCUGCAUCCCCCGCCACCAGAACUUCUCCUCCCAGCACCUGGUAUGCACCACCAGGGUCCUGGAGGUGCCUAUUUCAGAGCGGGUCUCCGUCUCCACGGCGACCCGUUACCCCACCCCGGCCGAGCUUGACGCCUUCGCCCAGAGGACGGCCAGCAGCCCGCUGUCCAUCACCAUCUUCCCCAACAACGUGCGGGUGCCUCAGCACAAGCAGCUCAACCGCACCGUCAACGGCCUGGACACCACGGGCCAGCGCUUCAGCCCCUACUCCCACCCCCCCUCGCUGGGGUCCCGCGGCCUCCUGGCCGUGGUCAAGGGCUCCGCCAUCUUGGUCAAGGCAGUGGUGAAAAACUCAGACGGCAGGAGGACUAAACACGCCCCUCCACCUCAGACGCCGCCGUUCGGCGGCGGCGUCUGCUACGCCCCCGACGGACAGCCGCACAAGGCCUACUGCCACGGCGGCGCCGGCACAUCCCGGGUCUUGGCGCCCGACGGCCCGUCCUCCGGCACCGCGGCGGCGACCGCCAGAGGCCAGGCCCCGCCCCCUCCUCACGACCGGUCCCGGCUGAGCGAGGUGAGCGGCGCCCUGAUGCGGCGCGUGAAUGUCGCCGCCGCCGCCGCCGGCCAGGCGCCCCCGCCAUGGGGGGGCGGGGCCCGGGUCAGCCCGUCCCACCAGGCGGUGGCGGCGGUGGCCCGCUCCGACUCCGGCUUCGUGCUGGGGGUGGUGGCCCCGCCCCAGAGCGGCCUGGCCUUCUCCGGAGCCGUGCUGCCCACCCAGAGCGCGGACAUGGCCAAGGGCGGGUACCUGGAGGGCGGGGACUACGGCGCCUGGCAGCACAAACACCCAAACCACCACCACCACCACCACCACCACCACCACCAACAACAACAACAACAACAACAACAACAACAACAACAUCAUCACUUACAGCAGCAGUACCAGCAGGGGUCCUUGAGGAUGUUCAGCAGUACUCCGGGCGGCCGGGGAGCAGAGAGCAUGGUGGUGGGCCAGUCCCCGCAGUCCUCCCUCCCGCCGGGCUGCUCCGCCCGGCCUCCCUGCGGGCCCCACCCGCUCAGCGCGGGCACCGGAGGGGCGGCGCAGGAGCAGAUCAGCUCCUGCGCCGCCGACUUCUCUCUGGGGCCUCGGUACCACGCCCCGUCCUGGGACGGCCUGACGGCGGCCGCGCCCCUCACCGACUGUUACGCUCAGGAGCUGGCCCUGCCGAGGGACACGGGUCACCCCCGCCCACACGACUGCCUCGAUCCCCACCCCCACCACCACCACCCCUCCCAUCGUCCACACCCGCUCCAGUGUCAUCCGUCGACGACCGCCCAGCAGGCCUACAGUGCCGAGCAGGGGGUGUGCUGUGGCGGCGGCGGCAUGGGGCCCCACGGCGGGGGCCCGGGCUUGGGCCCCGGCCUGUGCCACGCCUCGGUGCUCAGCAGUAGCCUGCAGUCGCUGGAGUGCCUGAUCAGCGAGAUCCACCCGCCCUGCAUCAAGGAGCGCAUGCUGGGCCGCGGCUAUGAGGCCCUGGGGCUGGCCAGACUACUGGAGCAACACCACCAUCCCCACCUCCACCCCCACCUCCACCCACACCACCAACUUCCCCACCCCAACAUCCAGCUCCCUGCCUACAGGUGA